AUGACGACCGCGGCCGCGGAAGGGCGCGAAUCGCCGUCGCGCGCGCCGGCGACGUGCCGGCACUGGCUUCGAGCGCGGGCGUGCCUCUACGGCGACUCGUGCAAGUUCGCGCAUCCGCCGGACGACGCGGCGCGCUCGUCGGUCGACGACGUCGAAUCUUGUCGGCGACCGAACGGCGACGGCGACGGCUCGACGCGCCGCCGCCGCCGCCGCUCGCGCGUGCGCAAGCGCGGGAAGUGCGGGUUCAUGCGCCGCUUCCUGCUGGACACGUACGGCGUCGAGACGCUCCAGAGCGGCGUCGUCGUGGACGUCGGCGGCGGGAGAGGCGAGCUCUCGUUCGAGCUCGAGAACCUGAACGACGUGCGAUGCGUCGUCGUGGAUCCGCAGCCGCUGAAGGUCUCGCGCCUCGAAGCGAAGCUUCGCGGCGGUUGGUACCACCGUACGGCGCCGCUGCAGCGAUACAACACGCGCGACGCGGAGGGGACCGCGCGAGACGGGGACGAGGGCGGCGACGACGACCGAACCGGCGCCGGCGCCGGCGCCGCCGCGCGGCGGCCGGCGCACUGGCGCCUGCUGUGGUCGCCGAGCCUCUGGUCCGGCGACGUCGGCCCGACGCGGACGUCGGUGUACCGCGCGUGGGCGGCGGCGAGGACGGUCCGGUUCUUCGAGUCCGGGUCGGGGAAGGAGACGCGAGCCGCCGCCGCCGCCGGCGGCGGCGGCGGCGCGCACGACGCGAGCUCCGCGCUCGUCUCCCGCGCGCUGAAACGCCUCGACGACGCCGACGUCGACGUCGAGACGGCGCGACCGCGGCGGCCGAACGACGACACCGACGCCGCCGCCGACGACGACGAACGCUGCGAGUGCGGCGGGCGCGACGACCCCUCGACGACGCCCGAGGGCGUUCGCCCGCGCGACGAAGUCCUUAAGGAACGGCGUUCACCACGCGAACGCGGUCGUAUGGGAACCAGUCACGACGACGCCGCCGCCGCGUGCGACGCGUUCCCCCCCGACGCCGCGUGCGACGCGUUCCCCCCCGACGCCGCGACCGUCGCCGCCGCGCUCGCGUCGUGCUCCAUCCUCGUCGGCAUGCACCCCGACCAGGCCACGGAGUGGAUCGUGGACUACGCGCUGGAGCACCGGAAACCGUUCGCGGUCGUGCCGUGCUGCGUGUGUCCGACGGCGUUUCCGCGCCGACGCACAUCCGCGGGCGGCGCCGUGAUCACGCACGACGAUUUCGUUGCGUAUCUGACGCGCAAGGGCGAGGACGGGGAGAUCGCGAGCGCGAGGUUGGGGUUCGAGGGGAAGGAUGUCGUCGUGUACUCGACGUACGGGCGGCGGGGCGGGCGCGAGGACAGCGCGCGCUCGCAGCGCGGCGGGUAG